GUGAUGACAGCAGAAAGUGCGCUGAGAUGGUGCUCAUCUGCCAGUGGCUGGGAUGAGUUUUCAGCACGCACACUAAGAGCAGGCGAGAAGGUUGAUCUCCUCUUUUUGUCUGAAGCUGAGCUGAAAGACAUUGAUGAAGCCAGUGAUUUGAUAGAUUGGCGUAUUGGGAGUGAGAGCCACCAAAUGGAUUUGCGAUUUGCUGCAGUUCACCAUGCAAUUAUUCAUUAUGACCAUAUCCUUGAAAUGCUCAAAGCAGAAAUAUGUACAAAAGAAGAUGCACAGCAAUUUUUGCCCACAACAUCUACUGAUUUGGAGUAUGCUAAUCAUCCUCAUGAGGGCACAACUGAAGACAUACUGAAGUACACACUUGUGGCAGAGAUCAUGGCUACUGCAAAAAUUGGUUGCUAUUCUGGUACAGAAUUUCAGCAUAUGUAUCAUUUUGUGUACUUUAAGUUGGUUUAUAUAUUGCAUAAAGGGAUACUUCAAAUGCUCUUUGUUGCCGGAGCUACUAAAUUUGCUAUUAGGCAGCACACUGAGCUACGUCGGGAUGGAUAUGACACAACCAUAUUUCCUUGUGGUUGCACAGAUGUAAAAGGAAUGUUAGAUGUCAUGUGGGUGACAACUGACCCACAAUCAUCCACAUUAAACCAUAUUAUACCAUUACUUACCAAAAGUAAGUUUUACUUUAAUUAAAGGUAUGCAUUUGGUGAUGGUUUUGAUUCACAGGAGAAUCUAAUGUUAAAGCCAUACCCGAGGAAAGGACAGCUUUUGUACGCGAAAGCAUUCAGUAUGGUAUUUGUUUUUUCUGUGCCGCUACUGGUAUUACGACAAGUAGUGAUAUGGUACAGUGCGAUUCAUGCUCUAAGUGGUACCAUACUAGUUGUAUUGGAGGUGAUGUCGAAUAUUUUGGUGAAAAAACAAGAUUUUGCUGCUGUGAAGCACACACAAAAGAAGAAAGUUUUGAGUAUGUUUUAGUUAGCAAAUGGUAUAGAUAUUUGACUCAUAAAACAUGUU